AUGGACAACAAGGUGUCAUCGCAAAAAGCAGGGUCUCUCUGGCUGCUGCUGCUGGUGGUGUCAAAUCUGCUCCUGUGCAAGAGUGUGGCCUCUGUGCCCAUCUGUUCCAAUGGGACUGUCAACUGCCAGAUGUCCCUCCAGGACCUGUUUGAUCGGGCUGUUGUUCUAUCUCAUUACAUUCAUAAUCUCUCCACAGAAAUGUUCUUCGAAUUUGAUAAACGGUAUGGACAGGGCAAGGGUUUCAUAACCAAGGCCAUCAACAGUUGUCAUACUUCUUCUCUCUCUACUCCUGAAGAUAAGGACCAAGCCCAACAGACCCAUCACGAAGAGCUUCUGAGCCUGGUACUCAGUGUGCUGCGCUCCUGGAAUGACCCUCUGUAUCAUCUAGUCUCCGAAGUGCGUGGCAUGCAAGAAGCCCCGGAAGCGAUCCUGUCAAAAGCCAUUGAGAUUGAGGAACAAAACAAACGACUUCUAGAGGGCAUGGAGAAGAUAAUCGGCCAGGUUCAGCCUGGUGCCAAAGAAAAUGAGGUCUACUCUGUCUGGUCAGGACUUCCAUCUCUGCAGAUGGGUGAUGAAGACUCUCGUCUGCUUGGUUUUUACAACCUACUCCGCUGCCUACGCAGGGAUUCUCACAAGAUUGACAGCUAUCUCAAGCUCCUCAAGUGCCGGAUUAUCUAUAAUAGCAACUGCUGA